GAGACAAAAGAAGCAGAGAAAGGAUUGCAGGAUCCUGGACUGGGCUGUUGAGGAUAGUCUGGUGGAGGUUUUCCCCGAAAACGAACUGCUGCUUUCUGGAUCUUCCAUCGCCAUGGGUUUCCGUGCAGACCGCAGCAGGGUUUGGAUGUUGCUCCUGGGAGCAUGUGUGUCGCUGGUAGUUGGAACCGACUGUGGAAAGGAUUGCACUCUCUGUGUCUACCAUUUGCUUGUACAACACUCUGGUUUCCCUACUUUGACAUGCUCACUUGAGUGUGAUGGUGAGUUGGACAGUGACAAGCUCCACCUCUGCUGGGGCAUCAUACGCGACGAAGCAAGCCAUUUUCCUUUUGAUGGGGUCCAAGAAGAAUUUGAGACAACUGGCAUCAUUCCAACUCAUAACGAGGAUGCAUCAUCACCAGGACACCAGCUGGCCAAGAAAUACGGGGGCUUUAUGAAGCGUUACGGUGGAUUCAUGUCUCGCAGUUCUUUUUCAGAGCGGUUGUUAGCUAAUUCCGUAAAUCAAGAUGAGGAAGAAAAAAUACGUCUGGAGAUCCUAAAGAUCCUUAAUACAGUGUCUGAGCAUAGCAGAGAGGGGGGCAUUCAGGAUCGUGAGAGUGUAAAGCGGUACAGAGGGUUUUUAGGGCGUGCUGAUGAUGGGGAGGUACAAGGUGACAUGCUGGAGGCUAUGUUAGGUCGUGGGUUGCGAAAGCGUUAUGGAGGGUUCAUGAGGCGUGUGGGCAGGCCUGAGUGGUUACUGGACAGCAACAAGAAUGGGGGAGUAUCAAAGCGUGCAUGGGAAAAUGGUGAGCUACAGAAAAGGUAUGGUGGGUUCAUGGACUAGAAUCCAAAGUUAAAACCUUAUUGACUUCAGACACAUAUAAUCAAAUCUACUUAAUCAAGCAUUUAUUUGGCUUUGUAUAAAGUGCUGCUGCCUAUACUAUGACGCUUCAGUGGGUCCCGUGAUAACAUUAAAUAUUUGGAUGGAAUCUUUUAAAAUCAAUGUUUGGCUGUUUUGAAUUUGAGUACAUUAUGUAUUAAAAUACUAUGUUGAUCGAGGUCAUUUGGAUCUACUCUCUAUAUAUUUAGAAAUGUUCACUUAAUUACACAUUAUAUCUUCAUCCUUUAAAUAUCCUUUUGGGUGUGUUACAAGACUUUAACCAUGACAGUAAAUACACAAUACUUAAUAUUACAAGAGAGCAAUGAAUAUUGAGAGAGAAGGA